GUGCGGCACUACCUGUACCCACAGUGUGUGUCCGCUGUGAUGACUCCUUCUGUGCUGAUGUGACCUGACUCCACUUUUCUCCUGUGUUUUCUUGCCCUAACAGUCAAAUUUAGUGUACAAAGGGGGAGGUGUUAUGUUUGACUCAAAAUUCAGUCCUGUCUCCACCACCAUUAGACUUCACUUGAACUUUCAUUCAAAUCGAGCGAACACGGACCCUGAUUGGCCAAACAAGCGACUCAUCCGCAAGCGUACAACGCGCAAUAAAGAUGAUGCCUUCACAGACUAUCGGAUACAUAGAGUGAAGUGCCCGGGAAAUAAAUCACCUAACAAUAUGGGAGAAAUGACAUUUAAUUAGUGUAAAAGUUGCACAUCGCUAGCAAUUUUGCAGGGCUCACAGGCGGCGACAGUGCAGUUGGGUGCCGCCUUGUUUCGCAAUAGUCUCCACCGAGUCUGGGUCAUAUUUCUGUCGCUUUAAGGCGGUACAACUUGUCGAAGAACAAAUAUCCGAGGCCGUUAUUAUCGCAGAGGAGUGUAUGGUGACAGUCCCAGUAGUCUCUUUGUAGUCGCAUAAAGGUAAACUAAACUGAACUUGUCUAUGCUGGGUGCCCGCCCCUCCGCCCUGUCUCCCGGCGCAGUUUCAAACGACAACACAGUCGGUGCCUCGAGGGAAAGACGGAGCACACGGACGAAACAUCGUUAAUUAAAAAAGCAAUACGUGCUUGCUAUACAUUUUCGCCUCCGCGCCACAUAGCUUUACACCGGUUGAUUGCUGAAAUAAUACAUCGCCAGAUUUGCCUGUCUUCUAUCGCCCGUUUCAGCAGCUGAGUUCUCAACAACUCAGAUGCAGGAGCUCACUAGAGGUACGUGAAGGCAGCAUGAGGAGCAGGAAAUGAAGGAUCUGUUUGGACAGGCGUUGCGAACUCCGAGCGGACGUUGGAACAAGGUGGCUUCCCAGCAGUCAGAGCAGGUGCAACCUGAAACUGUCCUACCAGAUCUGUUUCCCUAAGCCAUCUGUCCUGUGCCUGAGCCUGGCUUCCCCUCUCUACCAUGGACAAGCUAGAGGAGGACCUGACGUGCUCGGUGUGCUACUCUCUGUUCUCUGACCCGCGAGUUCUGCCCUGCUCACACACCUUCUGUAAGACCUGCCUGGAUAACGUACUUCAUGCCUCUGGCGAUUACUCUGUCUGGCGCCCGCUCCGACUGAAGUGCCCCCACUGUCGCAGCGUGGUGGAGCUGCCUCCAUCUGGCUCUCUGCCUGUCAAUGUAUCUCUGCAGGCCAUCAUAGAGAAAUACCAAAAGCACAGCCAUCCACGACCGCCCUCCUGUCUGGAGCACCUCACAGAGCCACUGAACAUGUACUGUGUCCAAGAUCGCCAGAUGAUCUGUGGGCUGUGCCUGACUGUAGGGCAGCACCAGGGCCACCACAUAGAUGACUUGCAGGCUGCUGUCAGCAGGGAAAAGGAGACCCUGGCACUCCUGCUGGAAAGACUCUCUGACCAGCGAUGGGCCCAGAUGUGUGAGCUGGGGGAGCAGCUGCAGCAGGAGAAGUCCCGCUGCGAGACCUUGGUAAGAAAGGAUCGGCUAGCCGUCGAGCAGUUUUUCCAGAGGCUGGAGCAGAUACUGGUCCAAAAGAAAGAAGCUUCCCUGGGGGCCCUGGACAAUGCCAGUGUAGACAUCUCCCAGACCUAUGACCCUCUCAUUCAGAGGGUGAAGGACUUACAGGAAGAACAUUUGAACCUUGUAUCCUUAGCCUCAUCUAUAGAGGAGGACUCGCCACUGGACUUCCUGGAGAACAUGCAUUUGUUCAGAAAUGAGGUGGAGGAGUUUCUGAAAGCCCCUCUGCCCUCAGGCGUAGCCCUCUCCAUCAACUCACGGGCAGCAGAGUACCUUCAGCAGAACUGGCCGGCCAUAACCAUUGGGAGCCUGGAGGAAGCGCCCAUACCCAAGGUGUCCUGCUGUGCCAAGUGUGGAGCUCAGGAGGCGAGUCUGGAGGACAGGACUGGAAGCAAUCAGUCUGAGGGGAUGCAGGACCUGUGGAGCAGGCUGCAGCCCUCUGCCGCCAUACUGCUGCUGGGGCUGCUGCUGCUGGGGGCCGAGCUGUGGGUCAAUCCUGUUGGGACAGCGUCCCUGGGCUUCUCUCUGCUCUCCCAGUUGAGCCAGUUGGUCCAUGGCCUGAGCAGUGAACUGGCCACGUCUGUGUGCGAGAUGGCAGGGUCACUGUACAUGGUGAUGGGGGAGGCUGUGGAGAGAUGGAGCUCUUCGCUUUUCACCCUGGGAGAAAAUGCUUUCCAGUUUGUGACUGCCUUCUUCUAACAAUUUAGCUCUCUUUGAAAGACAGACCAAACUGGGUCCAACCUGAGAUGCUCAACCAUUUACAGGUUGAGAAAGCCUCAUUCCCCCAUUCCUAUCAGUAUUUGUGAAGUGGAAAAACUACCCUGAAACAUUAAUAUUGUUAUAAGAAAAAAAAAAAAAAUAAUAUAUUGGUGAUUUACCAUGCAUUCCUGGAGUUUAUGUUGUUUUAUUUAUUUUUCAUAUUUGUGUUGAUAAUGCGGCAUUGGCUUUGUCUGUAUUGGCGAUUGGAGAUAUUUCCAGCACAGCUACAAGACUAAUGAUGCAGUCUGAGAUAAAGUGGAAAUUUUAAUUACAACACAUCAACACAAAAUAACUCCUGGAAUGCAUAAAAUAUCACAGAUUGAUGGUGCAUAAAAAUGCAGGACCAUCCAAA